GGCGAAUUCGGUACGCCAACGUUGCUACGUGUGAAGUAAAGUUCUAGAGAUCAAGAACUAGACCAAAGUUGUCAUCGCCGCGAAACUUGUACAAACAUGUAAGCAGAAAUGGCAUCCUGUGGCUCAGCAGGGGGUAUGGCCGCGUCCAAUCAGAUCUCCUUAAAAGACACGGAGGCGGCUGCAUUCAACAAGCUGAGAGAUGCAAAGUCCCCCGAAGAAAGACAGCAGGCUCUGAAGAUGUGUCGUAAGAUUAUUUGUAAACUUGUGGACAGAUACUUGACAGACUUGCAAAAAGUUUCAGCCGAGUUGUCCAGCAGCGAACUCAGCAUCGUGGUGCUCAAUUUUCUUAACAACUGCAUCCAUCAGUCUCCCAAUAUGUUUGCUCGCACAAGCUUGACGAUGUCUGGUGUCAGUGAUGCAACGGGACCUCUCAGGCCUCAGCUGCAGGUGCCUCAGGAUCCUGAAUACCACAUAUGUAAAGGUCUGAAUACAUGGCUGUUGUCUUGCCUGAUCAGGAUUCUCAAUGAUUACUUCUGUCUUGCCCUUCAUGAUCAAAUCAUCAAAGUUAUGGUAUCUCUGCUUCAUGCCGUCAAGUACAAGGAUCCGCCGUCCUUCUCUGAGCUACUCAGUGAGCUCUGUAGCCUUGUAGCAGAUGUUUCUGCAGCAGUCUUGAACAACUUUGCAGCCGGUGAUGUAGAAGAACUAGACCCUCCUCUGGAAAUGAAACGCUUUACCGUUGAUGUGGACAGGCUAAGCAACUUGGAGGAGCAAGAAGAAUUGUCAAGCAUCUACAAAAACUCCAGACCGAUUACGUUGAGGUAUCACACUAACUGCAGUCUGCUUCAGUUGAACCUGACGAAAAUCCUGAAUGAGCUGAUAUAUGACGUGACACUGAUAACCUCCGUCCAUCAGUCACCAGGCCUUUGGUCCACGUUGGUCCAACAGUUUGAUGCCGGCCAGUAUGAAGUCAAACAGGCAACCCUAGAUGUGAUAACCAAGUUGCUUCCCCUGAACGGACUGCCAACGCUUGACGUUCUGAACAAGCUGAUGCAGCUCUUGCUGUUCUUCCUGACGUUGUUCCUCUCGGGAGACGACCUAGAAGGAUAUGAGGACAUGGUGAGCUUGGAGACAAGUCUAGCUUCCUGCCUCAAGGAGCUCUACUCACUUGAACAAACUUAUCACCAGCGUCAUCUACCUGUCUCAGUGCUUAAUGUUACCAUGGAGACCAUGGCAAGCUAUCUACCAAUCAGAGGCCUUGGAGUGAUUCGAACAGAUGAGCUGAGAGAUGCCAUAUGUCAGAUGCUUCUAUGCAUCUACAACCAGACACCCAGCGACUCGGAGCCAGCAGCUGCCAUCAGACAGAAACACACCAAGAGUAUCAAUACCGCCCUCAUUGUUGACUUGGGAAAGAUCUCCAAUCUGCAGUUUGUUGUAGCACCCCUCCUGACGACAAUCCAGAAUGAAUUCACCUCCUACCAAACCCACAAAUCUGCACCCCGACCAUCAACGCGUCCCUCUACCUUGACGACAACAUCAACAUCGUCACUCAGCUCCAUCAGUAGAAAAGAUGCCCUCAUCUCUAUGGCCGCUGUUGCCAUGGAUACCAGUAGCUCCUGUGCAAGCAGCAGUGAUGAGAGACAAGAGAAGAGGAGACGUCUGGCAUUGCACAGGACACCGGGCAAGAAGGGAUACAAGACGGGGGAAGUGACCAGCAGUAGCGAUGAGGAUUCGGCGACCGUCGUUGAGAAUUCACAAACUGUGAAGGAAAUUGUCGAGAAGUUGAGCAACUUAUAUAGCAGUGUCACCACUGCGCAAACAGACAGUCUUCCAGAUGUCUUGGAGGGAAUCCGCUGUUCCCUUGAGGUCCUCCUCCGAUCCUGCUCCCACCUGCUUGCCAAGACCCCGCCCAAGGACACGCCCAAGGACACGCCCGCUAACCCACCCGACAGAACCCCACGGUCAUCCAAAGCACGCAGCAAAGGUCCACAGAUGACCAAGAACACGUUUGCCGCCUGGAUGCCCGCUGAACAAACGAGGGAGCUCUGCGCUGCCCUCGUGGCUGUUGUACGCAAUCUGGCAAAUUGCCAAGAGGAGGUCGUUAAGCUGAGUUACAAGAAACUCAUUGAGAUUAUCAGCUCCCUGUUGGCUACUCAAGAUUUGAUCAAGUUACCCCUUGCCCAGCUGCAUACAUUUGUAUGGAUGCUGUCGUUGCCAUGGCUACCUAUGGAUUCUAACUGGCUUGAUCUGAGGGUCCAAGGAGAGAUGACAUCUAGGGAGAUCGCUGAUCUGAGCUCUGCCUUGGCUGAUAAGAUUGAUGAGCAAACUGAGUGUCUGUUUCUUCACAAUCUUGCGCUAUUCCCAAAGGAAAUUGCAUCUAAGUGGAGAACACACAUCUUCAAAGCAGCUGUGGGAAGCGACAAGACGUCGGUCCGAGUUGCUGCAGUCAAGGCAUUCCCCUUCCUCCUUCACAAUCUAGGAGCAAACUCACUCCAUCUUCUGCAUGAUCACAUCCACGGUAUGCUCAAAGACAAGUCUACCGUUGUCUUGGAGGAACUUGGACGGACCAUCGGGAGCAUUUCUUGCAUCAUCUGCAAGAAUGUCACACCACACAGGACUACUGACCUACAAGCUGCGAAGAAUCUGUCUAGUACCCUGACUUUGCAAUGCCAUACCUGUGAGCAGAGUAGUGUCGGUCCAGUAGCCAGAGAGUCAGCACCAAGUGAGAGUCUACCAUUGGCUGUUGUCACGCCGUAUCUUGCCUUACUCUCAAACAAAGUCUCUGUCAAACAGGCAUUUUUGAAGAGUUUCCCCCAGCUGUUCAACCAUCUGGAUCUAUUGAGACCAAACACAGCCGUGACUAACUUCCUCAUCGCCUGCUUGGACUUGAUUGAAGAUAAGAACUAUGACCUCAGGCUGGAGUUCAGUAAGACCAUCAAGUACCUGAUAGGCUACGGUGAGAGAUCCAACACAGCCAAUGACCAGGCCGUGGUUACCAGACUCAAAGCAGCCUUCUUAUCAGCUAAAGCCUCGGGCAAUAACAGACUACAGGAGACCGUGGUCCACACUAUCGCAGAACUCGGAAUGGUUGCUGAGGGUGAGUUGUUACUAGUCUCCAUCAUCAGUCUUUUGGAGUCACUCUUGUCGUCCUCAGCCCUCGUCAGAGCAGCUGCGUAUGUUAAGCUUCAAGACGUGGCAUCGGCCAAGAACCUGAAGAUGUCCGUCCUCUUUGCUCACUUCAAGCAACCGAUCUGUCAGUUUCUCGUUGAAGCUUUGCAUCAAUCCCAAGAUGAGACCACCAGCUCUGGCUGUCUUCAUGUCAUCGGUGAAGUAGCUCAAGUCUUUGAGUUCAAAGACAAGCAUACCUUUUUAACACAAACGAUGCGAUUUCUCCUUCCAAGGAUCGUGAGUAAAGCCACGCCUGUUGCCUCAGCCAUCUUGAGAGUCAUUGCCAAGACGAUGAAAGUGAACCAUCGGGAGAUGUUGGUUGACUGCUUCCGCUACAUCUUCUCGUAUCUUGUCCGAACCUGCAACAAGACAGACUUGGAGAAAGCUCUGCACUAUCUCCAGAAUGAGACUGAUAUUGAGCUGGGCAGUCUAAUGAGGAUGGAUUAUCAGAGUCUACAUAAUGAGUUACUGCUGCAUCUCAGUGAGAACUACACACAGGUGUUCAGUGGUCUAGCCAUGCUAGCAUCGAAAGAUUCCACCUAUAGAGGGCCUAAACCCAUCACCGAGGCAACAGACAUGGCUGACUUCCUACAGCCCAGACUUCUGGGUAUACUGGCGUUCUUUGAUUCACAGCUGCUCAACUCACACAUUGCAGUCGAAGACAAGAAACUGGCCCUAGAAAGUCUGGUCUGUAUCAUGAAGCUGAUGGGUACCAGGCAUAUCACUGGUGUCCGACUCAAGAUCAUGGCAACCCUCAAGAUUGGUCUACGCUAUAAGGAUGACGGGUUUCCCUUACUGUCAUGCAGGGCUUGGCAGUGUUUCGUUCAGAGUGUGGAGCCAUCGUCUCUCGGUCCAAUGAUCAGUCAGGUCAUUGUCACUCUCCUUCCAUUACUCCAUCAAUUACCGGAGCAGGUGGCCAAGAUCUACAACUUCCUCAUCGUUGAAAACAGGGACACUUUCAGCCAGCAUUUCCAUGAGUUGUACUUCAUGCCCGACUUAGCCGAACUCAACGAAGUCAACUCGGUCCUGAAGGAACAUCGUGAGGAUCCGUCAAGUCAGCCGGAUCUCAAGACUCAACUCAGGCAGUCUAUCAAGGGAGUGACUCAUGAGAGUCUGGACGUCAGACUUCAUGCCCUGUCCAAACUCAGGGACUUGUUGCGGAAAAACCAGUCAUCGCUGCAUGAAUACGUGAUGGGUAACGAGACAGUCGAUCCUACCAUUACUGAACUGGUGUCAGUGUUAUUAAGUGGCUGUCGUGACUCAGACACCAAAGCACAGAGUCUCUUUGGUGAGUGUCUGGGAGAGUUAGGAGCCAUUGAUCCUGGAAGGCUGGAGAUUAUUGCUAACAACAAGACAGAAGAUAUGUCCAAGUUCCAUACUGGUGUUGAUGAUGCCAACUUUGCCUUUGAUCUGAUCAGUGAGCUGGCUAGAGCCUUUCUAGCUGCGGCCGAUACCCGUUCUCAGGACUGCUCUGCCUAUGCCAUACAAGAGCUGCUUCAGAUCUACGAUUGUAAGGAAUCACCGAAGGAAUCCUCUGGCCGUCAGCUUUGGAGGCGUUUCCCCGCCCACAUUAAGGAGAUCUUACUCCCUCUCCUUGAUGCUAAGUACGUCCCAGCCUCCUCUCCUUCAUGGACUAACAUCCCUAAGCCCAUCUAUCGGAGCAAGAAGGGCAAGACUUAUAAGGACUGGGUGUGUGCUUGGACUGGAUACCUCGUUACCAAGGUACGAUCUCCACAAGCUUCUCAGAUCUUCAAGUCUUGCAGCGUGAUCAUCAAACAUGACAUCCAGACUGCGCUGUUCCUGCUGCCUAUCAUCCUCCUACAUGCGUUACUGGACGGUAGGCAGGAGGAUAAAGAAGAGAUUCGUCAGGAGAUUUUAGCAGUGCUCACCCACGCUGAGAAGUCUGAGGAUCAGCGGUCAGGUGACGCCAGUCACAUGAGCGCUCAGACCGUCUUUUCUGUGUUGGACUACUUGACACGGUGGAAGCGGCAUCGGGUUCAGAUGCUGUCUGUGUCCAGGACACAGAAGAAAUCACAGAGUGGAAAUUUGCAUAUUGAUGAGGAUGCCGACUACCGGUUAAUCCAUGGUUUCCUGGAGCAGAUCCCACAGGAUGUGUUAGCGAGAGCCUCCUUCCAAUGCAAAGCCUAUGCACGAUCCCUCAUGCACUGUGAAGCGUACAUCAACAAAAACAGGCACAACCUACAGCAACAGCUGGGAUUCCUACAGAAGCUGUAUAUUGCCUUGGAUGAGCCAGACGGUGUGCUUGGGGUAUCAGCCAUCCGACAAGAAACACCAACACUCCAUGAACAGAUACUGGAUCAUGAGAGUAGAGGUAACUUACAUGAUGCCUCUGCUUGCUACGAGCGAGCCAUUCAACUGGAACCAGAUGAGCCGUCCCAUCAUGCUGGCUUCCUUCGUUCAUUUAUGGGUCUAGGUCAACUCACCAAGGCUCUGAUCCACGUCAAUGGUGCUGCGGCUGAACGCCCUGAUUGGACGAGCAAGCUGAACGCUUAUCGGGUGGAGGCUUGUUGGAAGCUUGCCAAGUGGGACACACUGGAGACGUACCUGAAGACAGAAACACGAAACACCACGGACUGGAAUGUAGGACUCGGCAAGAUUCUCUUGGCAUCCAAACAGAAGAAUGAGGAUGAGUUUGAGAGACAGCUGAAGAUUGUGAGGAGCGCCCUCAUGGGUCCACUAUCGGCAGCAAGUAUGGAGACCGGGUCGUAUCAACGGGGCUAUGAGUACAUUGCAAGGCUUCAUAUGUUGCGUGACCUGGAGCAAGGCAUCCGUUGCCUAGGAGGCUUCCCACAGAACGCAUCGUCAAGUGAGGACGAUAUCAUGACACGUCCUGAGCUACUAGGUACCUGGGAUGCCCGGCUCAGUAUGACACAGUCAUCAUUCCGUAUCCAGGAACCAUUGCUGUGUCUGCAGAGGAUUAUGCUGGGACUCUCAGACGGACCUGAGGACUUCAGUAAGAAUAAAGAUGUUGGUCUGUGUUGGCUAAAGAGUGCAAAGGUCGCCAGAAAGGCUGAUCAUCUAGAGACAGCCUAUAGUUCCCUGCUGAAUGCCAGUUCCUUUAAUCUACCAGAUCUGUGCAUAGAGGAAGCUAAGUGGCUCUGGAGCAAGGGAGAAGGGCACCAGGCAUUGAUUACCUUACAGAAGGGCGUGGCUGAUCAUUUCUCGGAGGAGGCUCGGGCCAGGAGAGGCUCAUUGCAGGAUGAUCCGACUGAGAAACUCACACAUGCUAAGGCACUUCUCCUUGUGGGUCGGUUCAUGGAAGACACUGCCAAGUUUGAGAGUAACUCGGUCAUGAAGCAGUACAAAGAUGUCCUGGAGGUCUACCCUGAAUGGGAGGAUGGCCAUUUCUAUCUGGCCAAGUACUAUGAUAGACUCAUGCAGAGCUUAUCAGAACGACCAGAGAAAUCUGGUGAGUUCAUCUUGUUUGUGGUGCGCCAUUUCGGCCAUUCCUUGCUGUACGGCAAUCAGUACAUCUAUCAAUCCAUGCCUCGGCUGCUCACUCUCUGGUUGGACUAUGGAUCUCACGUCUCAGAGCUGGAGAAAGGCAAGAAAACGGAGAAGACAACAACAAGCAAGGUCAUCCUGACGAGACUCAACAAGAUUCUUGCUGACCUUACAUUGAGGCUAGCUCCUUAUCAGUUUCUGACAGCAUUCUCCCAGCUCAUCUCUCGCAUCUGUCACGCUCACGAGGAAGUCUUCCUACAACUACAGGAGAUCAUCGCUCGCGUUCUGGUGGCCUUUCCCCAACAGGCCGUCUGGAUGUCUAUGGCCGUUUCCAAGUCUUCCUAUCCAGUCCGAACCAAACGUUGCAGCGAGAUCUUCACCAGGGCAAAAUAUCUGCAGAAAAAUCUCAACAAGUUCAUCCAGGAUGCAACAAGGUUGACGGAUCGAUUACUAGAGCUAUGCAACAAGCAGGUUGAGCAUACAUGCAACACGCUCAGCAUCAAUAACGAUUUCAGGUCACUCAAGAGGCUUGUCGAUGACAGUAAUUUCAGUAACAUCAUCGUCCCGCUGCAGUCAGCCAUGACUGUCACCCUCCCUAGCAGCCAAGGGGCACACCGAGAUCACAACCCCUUCCCUAUGACGCAGAUAUUCAUCAACAGCUUCGAUGAUGUGGUUGAGGUUCUCCCAUCUCUGCAAAAACCCAAGAAGAUUGGAAUCCAGGGCUCGGACGGCAAGCUGUAUGUCAUGAUGUGUAAACCCAAGGAUGAUCUGAGACAGGAUAAUCGUCUGAUGGAGUUCAACGGAAUCGUCAACAAAUGUCUGAGGAAAGACGCAGAGUCUCGCCGUGGCCAGCUUCAUAUCAGAACUUAUGCCGUCAUCCCACUGAAUGAGGAGUGUGGUUUGAUUGAAUGGGUUCCCAACACAGCUGGCCUCAGAAAUAUACUCCACAAAAUAUACAGGGAGAAGGGAAUGUAUAUAUCUGGCCGAGAGUUGAAGAGUCUAGCGCCACCACGUGGAGCACCGCUGGAGCAGAUGGUGAGUCUUUUCAGGACCAAGUUGCUUCCCAAGUUUCCGUCCGUCUUUGGAGAAUGGUUCCUCAAGACAUUUCCUGAUCCUACCUCAUGGUACCUGAGUAGACUGGCGUAUGCCCGGACAUCUGCCGUUAUGGCCAUGGUUGGCUAUAUACUGGGUCUGGGUGACAGACAUGGUGAGAAUAUCCUAUACGACUCUACCACGGGGGAUUGCGUUCAUGUGGACUUCAACUGUCUCUUCAACAAGGGUGAGACGUUUGACUAUCCUGAGCGUGUUCCAUUCCGUUUGACUCACAACAUGGAGAGUGCCAUGGGACCAAUGGGGAAGGAAGGAAUCUUCCGACAAGCGUGUGAGGUCACCAUGAAGGUGAUGAGAGAUCAGAGAGAACCACUCAUGAGUGUUUUGAAGACGUUCAUCUACGAUCCUCUGGUUGAAUGGAGUAAGCCUGCCAAAGGAACGCGUACAUCACAUCUCAGUGAGUCAGGAGAGAUUAAUAAUGAGAAGGCCCUGACCCACGUCAAAGACAUCGAGCAACGCUUGCAAGGAAUCUUGAAGAACAAGAACAAGACGAGAGGGCUCCCUCUAUCCAUCGAGGGUCACGUCCAUUAUCUGCUACAAGAAGCUACAUCCGAAGCCAACCUGGCACAGAUGUACUUUGGUUGGGCUGCAUAUAUGUGAAGAUCUCAUGGCUGUCCAAGAAUCUUAGACCAUGUCUGGUUUAAUUGGCUACGCUAUGAACACUACCCUUUUCAAAGCGCUUCCUACAGACCUGUGUUUUACUGUCGGCCAGGGCCAAAUAAAUCUGAUGCUUCCUAAUCUAUGUCACAAAUUUUUGCAUCCUAAAGUAACCUCGAAACUACUGUUGAUUUUUGUAGUAAAACAACAAAGACGUUACUGUAUGUAAAAUGUUCCGUAAUUUAUACCAUUGAACGGAAGUGUGGCCUAGUGGUUAGGGUUCGUGACUCCUGAUCAGAGGGUCAGGGGUACCAAUCCAGCUGCUGGCCGUAUGUUGUGUCCUU